AUGAUGAUGUGUGAGAGCGAUAACGAAAGUGAGAACAAUUCGUCGGCUCACAUUUCUGUUUUUGAGCAACGCGCAUACAUUAAAAUCGAAACGAUUCGUGGUAAAACAGUGCCUGAAAUUCAUGCCGCGUUAAAUGAAGUGUGUGGAACGGAUACUGUGGAUCGUAGUACGGUGCAAAGAUGGCAUCAGCGAUUCCGUGAUGGUCGUAUAAGUAUUGAUAACAACCCUCGCUCUGGCCGACCCUCUACGGUUACUCAAGACAACACUAACGCGGCUAUUCUCGCAACUCUACUCGAUGAAGACCGACGAAUAGCGGUGAGAGAGAUAGAGAAUGAAACAGGUAUUUCAAAAUCAAGUGUUCACCGCAUUUUAACGGAAAUUCUACAGAAACGAAAGAUUGCAGCACGUUGGGUGCCUCAUUUUCUGUCACCGGAACAGAAGGAUACACGCAAAGACAUCUGCCGUGAACUCCUUUCUCGCUACGAAAAUGAAAAAGAAACGUUUCUUGAUCGUAUAAUUGCAAUAGNUGUAACCGGGGAUUACUACAAAACAUUCCUUGCCAAAAAAUUGCGACCAGAAAUCCGUAAAAAGCGACCAGGAAUGUUACAAAAUGGUGUGUCCAUAUUGCACGAUAAUGCGCGGCCGCAUAUUGGAGCACCAGUCGUCGCUCUUUUGGAGAAAUAUGGAUGGGAACGCCUCAAACACCCACCGUAUUCGCCGGAUUUAUGUCCCCCGGACUUUGAUUUAUUUCCAAAACUGAAGGAACCACUUAGAGGGAUCCGUUUUCCCAACUUAGAUAUACUAGAUGGAGAAGUGAGCCGAAGGAUCCGUGAACUCAACAAAGAUGGCGUCCUAUGCGGCAUUCAAGCGCUCCCGAAACGAUGGCAAUCGUGUAUAGACAAGCAGGGAGAUUAUAUCGAAGGUCUAUAA